CCUCAGUGUCUGUCCCAUCAUUAAACUGCGUCCAACCCCCGAUACCUGCCCUCAAACUCUCCUACAACACUGCUUUCCGCUGCAUUCUUCAAGAACAGGUUUCUCGAUUAUCGAUACAUUUCCCUGAACCGCCGUGGAACCCUAGAACAUCCUGACCGCUUCUGCCAACACAAGCUCAGUCACAUUACACGCAUACACCGUCAACAUGGCUGUCGCGUGUGGUGAAUUCUAGAGGGUGGUCCCCCAGUUCGCUGUAUUGAUCACAAUGGGACCACCCUUUGUGAUUUGCUGCGUCCUCCGAGACUAUCUGUCGACCUGCUUGACCUAAACAUACAACACCGACUUUCAAAGUUAUUAAAAUCUCUGCACAUAGCCACUCGACACCGUACCCCCUUGGCGACAAACACCCCGCCACCCCGCCACUGCCGUCGCUCCCGACGAAGACUACGAAUACCACGAGUACCUUCAACGAGACGCCUCAAAUCAACCCAGGAAACAAAAGUCGAGUAUUCAGAAGGGAUCCAUUCUCGAACAAUUGCCACAUCAGGUAUCGACAGAAUGGUUCGUCGUGGCGGCAAGUCGUCCCGCGCCGCGGGCCCGUCGCUCGACCCGACGCCGAUCCCCUCCACCCUUACGACCCCUCUGAGUUCAGCCUACCCUUCGACAUACACUUCCGAGGCCGAGUGGGAUGCCCUCGGGGACAGUAUUAGCUCUUUGACCUUGAGCGAGAAGAGGGCAGCCAAGAGAAGAGCGAAGCCUUUCCCCUUCAUGGCGCUGCCGUCUGAAUUGCGCCUCAAGAUCUACGACUACUAUUUCGAGGGUGGCGGUGAAGUUAUUGACCUCGACCCGGACAACUACAAGAACUUCCACAAGAAGCUUGGAAUUCAACGAACCUGCCGCACCAUCUACCGCGAAGUCUCCCACUACUUUUACAGUAGCCGCUCAUUCCGCAUCUUCCCGACCCACCCGGGCAAGUAUUUUAAGACCAAGAAGCCCCUUCUUGCCCGCAUGAAGCCGAGCUCGCGAUCUCUCAUCACAUCGCUGGAGCUUCGUCUUGGGCCUGGGUGGUCCAAGCCCCCUCGGGGAUGGAUCGUCACACCCGCCCUUGGCCUCAAUGAGUGCGUCAAUGUCCGUCGUCUGACUGUCAUGGUCGAAUGCGACCCUAGUGAUGGCGUCUUCAAUGGGUUUCGUCGCUCACAUGGGUUUUACGAAUCCUUCAGUCAAUCCCUUCUCAUUGAGGUAUUGAACCAAAUGCCCUGGGUUGACACUGUCACCUUCGACGCGUGGUCUAGUGUCAAGAAGUCAGGCGCCAUGAUGCGAGGACUUCUCGAUGUGACUGCGGCGAACAACCGCAAGAUCAGAUGGGGUCCCGAGAGAGGAUGGACCGACGGUCCUGACGAAGAGGACAAGGUCGGUAAUCUGGUGCUGGUACCUCCGGCAUCGGAGUUUAACACUUCCAGUAUGGGCGUACUGGUUAUGGCAUGAGAGCAUAGUGGUAAGAGUCCAUCUUCUCUGUGUCAGGGCUCUUGCUUUCUUGCUCUUUUCGAUGCAAUUGUGAUUUCGGGCUCAGGUUUUCGGUAUGGAUGGGACUUGACGGAAUGGAAUGGAAGUAAAGCUACGGACGGGGGCUUCGAACUGGAGUCAUCAAGACAGUAAAGUCGACCGAUCUCACUCUUCUCUCUUGCGACGAGACUGUAACACUAGCAUGAUGAGAAAUGAAAGACACGAACAUUAAACCAAGA